AUGAAGCCAGCUGACUUUGAUGAGGUCGUCAGGGAGGAGAUCAUCUCGCUGCAGAAGGAGAGCAAGAAUCUACAUUCCGUUGUGACAUCGUUGCACGAAAAACACAGGAACAUGUCGCUCAAAGAGGAGAUGGACCUUAAAGUUCUGCAAUUCCAAAACAAGAAGCUGGCCCAGCGGCUAGAGCAGCGGCGUCGGAUAGAGGAGGAUCUGAGAAACAGGAUCGAGCAGCUGGAGAAACGGCAGACGACAGACGACGCCGUCAUGUGCAUCGUCAACAGAUACUGGAAUCAGUUGGACGAGGACAUGCGCGUUGUGCUGCAGCGAUUCGACUGGGAGGUAGCUGAUGAGAGUGAAGACAAAGGUAUAGAGGAGCGAGGAGCUGACUCGCUUCUCGCCGAGUCGCCUGUCGACAGAUACGCGGCACGGGCCGCAACGAGCUCGACGCAGAAGGCUGACGCCAGCGCGUGCAGUCUCCAGAGCGGAGCUCGCGCGCCGUCGCAUAGCGUGAACCGGCAGAGACGGUUGUGGAGGAGGGGGAAGGAGAAGAAAGGAAUGAAUGAGCAGAAGCAGGAGGAAAAGAAGGAGAACGAGGAGGUAGACAAAGAGAUUACGCCGUACGACAACUACGUCGCGCCGCGCGAGAGAAGGCUCGAACCGGCACCGUACGGCCGAGAGCGCUGGGCAGAAGCUGAAGAACUAACGAGAUGCAUCGGCAACGUCGAGGCGCCCAAGUCACGUCAUAACCGGCCGUCGGCGCAGAUCAAGGUGCAGGAGCUGCAGCAUGAGCUGGAGGAGCAGCGGCAGCUGGCGGAGAAUCGUCUGCAAGAACUGGAGAAGCUGCAUGAGCAACACAAGGUCACCGUGCAGGAGCUGGAGAAGCUAAAGCUAGAUCAACUGUGCAACUACGCCGGACCAUUACUGAUACAGGACAUGAGCCAUCCGUGCAGUAUCCGCGCCGCCUCCACGCCGCAUUCGUGCAGCAUCCGUGCAGCAUCCGCGCAGCAUCCGCGCCGCAUCCGCACCGUAUCCGCGCAGCAUCUGUGCAGCAUCCGCGCCGCAUCCGUGCAGCAUCCGCGCAGCAUCCGCGCCGCAUCCGCACCGUAUCCGCGCAGCAUCUGUGCAGCAUCCGCGUAUCGCGUGCAGGCAUCGGCUCCGCGUCGCCAGCGGUGGCAGCACGUGCAGGAGCUGGAGAAGCUAAGGCUAGAUCCACGCGGUGGCAGCACCGUGCAGGAGCUGGAGAAGCUAAAGCUAGAUCAGAUGGAGAGCGAGGAACUGGUGUGUCAGAAGAAGCUGCGCACGGAGGUGAUUCAGCUCGAGGACGCGCUCACGCAGGUGCGCAAGGAGUACGAGAUGCUGCGCAUCGAGUUUGAGCAGAACCUCGUCGCUAACGAGCAGACAGGACCAAUCAACAAGGAGAUGAGACACCUGAUCACGAGUUUGCAGACGAACAACCAGCAGCUGAAGGGUGAGGUCGCUCGCUACAAGAAGAAGUGGAGGGAGGCGCAGUCAGAGCUGAACAAGAUAAAGGCGUUGGAGCAGCAAGCGAAGCAGCAGAAGGAGUUGGAAGAGAGCGAGGCGAAAACACCGACGGAGGUCAGCGCUGCAGAGAAGGGUGAGAAACCGUCGACCAGCCAGACGGGCGAGGCUCCCAACCAGCAGACGCCCACCAAGGACGGCGGCAAGGAGAAAGACUCAGAGAAGGAGAAGGAGGACGCUCCCGUCGUUCAGGUGAAGAAGGAGAGAGUGACGGAAUACGAUCGCGAGAGGGAGCGACACGAUCGGCACGACAAACAGAUAAAGCAGGAGAAGCAGACGAAGCAGGAGCGCCAUGAGAAGAUCCGUGUGAAGGAGGAGCCCUGUGUACGGAAGGAGAAGGAGAGGCACGAUCGGAGACGGGAGCAGCACGACGCGCACGAGAGGGACGAUAGGGAUAACGGGAAGCCGGAGAGCGAAGUCAUCAAAAUGCUCAAAGUGGACCUCAAGAAAGCCUGGGAGCAGAACAAGGAGAUGAAACUACUGCUGGACAUGUACAAAGGCUCGGCGAAGGAACAACGCGACAAAGUGCAGCUGAUGGCGGCUGAGAAGAAGGCGAAGGCAGACAUCGACGAGCUGAGGAACCAGGUUCGUCGCUACCAGGAGAGCGAACGCAAGGAGCGGAAGCGGCUUGCAGACGACGACGCGAUGCGUAAGAUCCGCACGAUGGAGGAACAGAUACAGUCGCUGCAGGGCAAGCUAACCGGCUGCAAGCAGCGGAUCAAAUCGAACCAGAUACACAAGCUGUUGAAGGAGGAGAAGGACAUGAUUAUAGACCAGGUGGAAACGCUGCAGCAUCAGGUGAACGCGCAGAAUCAGGUCGUGCGCAAGCUGGAGGAGAAGGAGCAGCUGCUGCAGAACAACCUAGCCACCCUCGAGAAGGAACUCAGUCUGCGACAGCAGGCGAUGGAGAUGCACAAGCGUAAGGCAAUAGAGAGCGCGCAGUCUGCAGCCGACCUCAAGCUGCACCUCGACAAGUAUGUCGCACAGCUGCGCGAGACCCAGCUCGCCGUCGCCGAGAAGAGCAGCUCCCUCGAGCAGGAGCAGUUCAAGAACAAGCGCAUACAGGAGGAGCUGGUGAGUUUGCGCAGAAAGCUAGAGCGGCAUAAGAAGAUGGAGCUGGCCAGCAGUGCAGACGAAGUUCUGUUAGAGGAGAUCAGGGAUUACAGGUAGGUGCUGACAUGCCCGUCGUGCAAGACGAAGAAGAAGGACGCCGUGCUCACAAAGUGUUUCCACGUGUUCUGCUUCGAGUGCAUCAAGACGCGCUACGACACGCGGCAGCGCAAGUGCCCCAAGUGCAACGCCGGCUUCGGCGCCAAUGACUUCCACCGGCUCUACCUGUCCUAGGUGUGGCUUGAACCCUCGCCAGGUGUGUGCCUCGCUCUACCUGUCCUAGGUGUGGCUUGAACCCUCGCCAGGUGUGUGCCAUGCUCUACCUGUCCUAGGUGUGGCUUGAACCCUCGCCAGGUGUGUGCCACGCUCUACCUGUCCUAGGUGUGGCUUGAACCCUCGCCAGGUGUGUGCCUCACUCUACCUGUCCUAGGUGUGGCUUGAACCCACACCACGCACGUGUGA